GAGAGUGUUCGGUCAAAGGUGGCAGCUCGUUAGUAAAAUUCAUCGAUUUUCCGACGAACUGCUCGCUUUCUUUCUCUCGCCGGGAUCGGAAAGGCGUGGAUCAGCUGUCCCCGUCGUGGGCUUAUUCAACGGCAACCUGUAAGGGAUAAACAGAGGGAGUUGACUUUUUCUAUAUUUAGGCGAAAUGGGUUGACCAAUUUGUUGUCGGGGAUUGAAGAGUUACAGAAAUCGAAGAUUUGAAAGCUCUGGAAAAAAUGGUGUGGGGAAAUGGGUGCCAAGAUGGAGUCAACACAAGGCCUCUGUUCUUGGUGUUCUAUGCGACCGUCGCUGCCGGAAUCGUGUUCUCGUCGCUGUAUGUUUUUUCGGCUGUUUACUCGUCUUCCAAUUUUGUGUCUGGUUUCAGCUCCUCCUGGUUUUCGUCUAAUUCUGGUGAAUUUAACAAUUCCAAUUCAACUCUCAUCAAGGAUCAAACACCAAAUAUAUCACAACCAGAUGUUCACAACAAAGGGGAAAGACCAAUUUGGGAAGCUCCAAACACCAAAAACAUGCCAUCUCCCGAGACCUUUCGGCUAACCAAGGAGCUCGUUCAACGACACGUAAAAGAUAACGUAAUAAUAGUUACAUUCGGUAACUAUGCAUUUUUAGACUUCAUUCUCAAUUGGGUUAAGCAUUUGACAGAUCUUGAUCUUUCUAAUCUUCUUGUUGGUGCAAUGGACACCAAAUUGUUGGAAGCUUUGUAUUGGAAAGGUAUUCCUGUUUUUGACAUGGGAAGUCAUAUGAGCACGGUGGAUGUUGGCUGGGGAUCGUCGACGUUUCAUAAGAUGGGAAGAGAAAAAGUGAUACUCAUCGACUCGAUUCUCCCUUAUGGGUUUGAGUUGUUGAUGUGUGAUACCGACAUGGUGUGGUUAAAGAAUCCGCUCCCAUAUCUCGCUCGUUACCCCGAAGCAGAUGUCUUAUCUUCAAGUGAUCAGGUCAUACCAACCGUGGUCGAUGACAAGUUGGAUAUUUGGAACGAAGUUUCGGGUGCCUUAAAUAUUGGAAUUUUCCACUGGCGGCCUACACGAGCAUCAAAAAAACUGGCUAAGGAGUGGAAGGAAAUGCUCCUAGCUGAUGACAAGAUUUGGGACCAAAAUGGUUUCAACGAACUCGUUCAUAAGAAAUAUGGACCAUCGGUCGAUGAAGACGGUGGACUCGUAUACGCUUAUGAUGGUAAUCUCAAGCUAGGAAUUUUACCUGCAAGUAUUUUCUGUAGUGGACACACCUUCUUUGUCCAGGCAAUGUAUCAACAAUUUAGAUUGGAGCCGUAUGCUGUUCAUACUACAUUCCAGUAUGCGGGUACCGAAGGAAAGCGCCAUAGACUGCGUGAGGCCAUGGUUUUCGAUGAUCCUCCGGAGUACUUCGAUGCACCAGGAGGUUACCUAUCGUUUAAGCCAUCGAUUCCGAAGUCGCUAUUACUUGAAGGAGAGCAUGACCUUGAUACACAUUUUAGGCUUAUGAACUACCAGUUGAAACAAAUCAGGACUGCACUUGCUAUUGCUUCACUGUUGAAUCGUGUACUGAUAAUGCCUCCACUGUGGUGCCGGUUAGACAAGCUAUGGUAUGGACAUCCUGGAGUUCUUCAGGGUUCUGUGACUCGACAGCCUUUCAUUUGCCCGUUGGACCACGUUUUUGAGAUUAAUGUGAUGUUAAAAGAAUUACCAAUGGAGGAGUUUGGCCCAGGAAUUAACUUUAGAGAGUAUUCUUUCUUGGACAAUCCGUUGCUUCCCAAACAGGUGAAAGAAUCAUGGCUUGAUGUUCAGCUUUGUAAACAAGAAAGUGAAGGUUGUCAUGCAUCAAAUGAUACAGUACUACCAGGUGUGCUUAAAUUUCCUAAGGACAGCAAUGAAGACACGUUGAAGGCAAUAUUUUCCAAAUUCAAGGAUGUCAAAGUCAUCCAGUUCUCCACAAUGCAAGAUGCCUUCCCUGGUUUCUCUGAUAAGAAAAGAGAAGAGAAGUUCAGGAACCGUGUCAAGCGUUACGUUGGGAUAUGGUGUUGCGUGGAGAAUGCUGCACCAGGCCAUGUAUUUUAUGACAUGUACUGGGAUGAGAAACCUGAUUGGAAACCGCACCCACCUCGAACGCCCGAGGAAGAUCGACCUCCUUUAUAAGGGCAACGGUGAGAGAUUUUACUUGAAUCUAGAGGCAAAGAAGACAAAUUCUCAAGGAUAUUUUGUUUAUUACCCUGUGAGGAUUCAACGCAGAGGCUUACUUGGGAUUUUAAUGAAGGUCGAAAUCGAGUACAGGUAUUAUUCGAGGUCGAAGUCAAGGCUACAUUUUUAGCUCAUGUUCUCAUGGAUAGCCAUAGAGUUAAAAGAAAACAGAAAGGUUUAAUUUAGUUCCCACUUUUUCCAUUUGUUAACUCAAAAAGAAGAAUGAUCUGUGAGGGGAAGUUCUAGACUUUAUACACUUAAAUAAAGAGGUAUAUUUCACGGA